AUAACUUUAUAUUGGAUCCCUUUGUAUGGAAGUGACUCCUCUUUUCUCCUUCUCUUGGUAAUAUACGCAUUCAAAAUAACCCAGUGGACAAAGACAAUUCCUGUUGCUUUUCAUUCUACUAUUCAUCAAACAUUAUUCACCUCAUAAUUUUUGGUAAUUUUGGUUUAGGAAUUAAUUCCUACAUGAGGUAAAAAAAAAUAGCUAGGAUUUGUCAUCAUCACCAGGGUACCUUAGUGGGAGGGCUAUAAGGAUCAAUAGAAAGUGCUUUUUUCCCAAAGGAUGGGUGGAGGCAGGAUCCUAGGUGAUUUUUAUCUGCUUUGCUAAUAGCAAACCCUGUCCUCUUUGUUCUUUUUAACUCUGUUAUCCUGUUACUGAGCAUACUUAUACCGUUAUCUGCACUUCAUCUCAUGCUCCAUGUCCCUGCCAUACAAACAGAUGUAGGAGUUCAGGUACAGUUUGAAUUUGCUCUGUAUUAAGGUGGUUUAAUUAUCUGCAAGCCCAGCACAGUGGAUUGGAUCAACUUGUUAUGAACUUGCUGUCUGCACACCUGUUUUUGAGGAUAUACACUAAGCAACUCGAGGCCUAGGAUUAUCACCCCAAAAAAAAACAUUUUAAUUUUGAGUGUUAAAACCCAUGGCAAGAUGGCUAAAGGAUUACUUAAACUUCAAGAAGGUCCCACCAAAGCCCCCAAAACCAGAUUAUACAGAGAGCGAAAUACUUCGCGCCUACAGAGCACAGAAGGACCUGGAUUUUGAAGAUCCUUACCAGGAAUCUAAGACAGGUUACCAAGAAUCUCCAGAAAGGCUUGUGGGACUUUCAGUGAACAUGAUGUCACCUAGACAUAGACUUAUCAAACUGGAAUCAACAGAGAAUGUAAAGAGUACGCAACACAAACAACGUGAAGAAUCAGCAAGAGAAGAGAACAUAAACUGCAAGGUCAACCCUAGCAAUACACGUUUGCCCACCACAGAGGGAAAAAAUGAUGAAUUGGUUGGAGGUGAUGAACCAGAAGAUAUAAGGUACAUGGACCCAUAUGAGUCCCAAAGUACAGAUCUGCACUGUAUAGGUGAAAGGGCAGCUGGUACAGAACUAAAACUAUACGACUUCCCAUAUCAGGAGCAGUGUCACAAAACUUUCCAAGACAGCCACCAGCAUCUUGAGGAUGAAAGACCAGCAGAUGAGUAUGAUCAGCCCUGGGAGUGGAAGAAAGAUGACAUAAACCGAGCAUUUGCAGUUCAGUUUGAGGGCUCCGACUGGCAGCAAAGUUCUCUCAACAGGAGAGAGAGGCUUUUACAACCGAGUGCAAAGAGUUUUAGACGACUUCAGAAAAACAGUCCAUCCACUAGUCCUGAGAUUUCAGCUUCCCCAAAACAGUGUGGUGUUUUAACAGAGGAAUGUAUGGCCUACUCUGCAAGAAAUGUAACCCUAAAUCCUCCACUGCAAACACAGGUAUGGUACCAUGGGACACUGAACAGACUAGAGGCCGAGAAAUAUCUACAGAACUGUAGGCCUGGCAGUUUUGUAAUUCGAACAGAGCACGAUAUUGAGUAUUUUAUGUCAAUCCGUGGGAGUGACAGCACACUACACCUUAAAGUGAUAUGCACAGAAAAUGGGCGCUUCAUGCUUGGCGAGAGUGGUCCAUCAUUUACAUGCAUCCUUGAGCUUGUUGAGCAUUAUAUGAAGCACCCAUUGCUUCUCCAGAAUGAGGAACAGCUGUUUCUGCAAUGUCAGGUGUUCACAGUAAAAUGAUGAACAAAUAUAAAGGACAAAAUAUAUAUAGAAGACGAUGGAAGACCCAGAAGACAAGCAGACCACAUAAGAAGAUGCAACUCUAUUGACACUGCCUUUGACAAUUGACUCAGUCCUAAUGAUGCUAUUUAUAUAUUGCAUAUAUACAUAAAGGCAUUAAAUAUACAGUAACUACAUCAGCAUUACACAAAUGUAUGCUUCCCAACAUUGUGAAACUUAAAAUAAGAGGAGAGACAAAAUAAUAAACUCUGGGCCACAGCCACUAAUGCAUAUAUACUCUGCCCAAAACACUGGUCUCUAUAUGGUAAGUUCAGUCUCCUAUAGAUUAUUCUAUUUUGGACCGUCCUGCUUACAUAGGUAGAAAGGGAGGUAUGCAUUUUUGCCAGAAUACUGAGGGACAGAAGAAUGUAAGAGAUAAGUAUCCCUUCUGUUCUUUCUGUUUGUGCCUUUCUGCUUUAUUUUAUAAAAGUUAGCUUAAUCCACAUAUUGUAAGUAAAGAAUUGCUUCAAUUUGAACUGGUUGCUGUUUGAAAAAACAGCAGUAGGAUAUGUUGGCACAAAACCUGUACUCAGGAAAGUAGAUUCUGCACAGAUGCAUGCAGAGGUAUACACCACUGUUUUUAAAAUUACUGUUCUAAUAUGCAAUAAAGUCUUUAUUUAAUAAA